UAUACACACCUCAGGCCGGAAGCUCCAUUGCAGCGGUUCACUGAGAUCCGGUCCUGCGACCUGACCUCACCAGAAGGUUCGCUACCAGACAGAUUCGUACAGUACUGUACAGUACAUACUGUACUAUAAACCUCCCACUCGCCACCUGACGGGAGUGCCUUGUUUCCAAAGGCACCAGACCCUGAUCUGCACAGUACACACAGUAAGGGUUCUUACUACGAACCCCAGAGUGGACCAGGAUUUAAGCCCGGCCUGAAAUAGCACCCCCACAGCUGAUUCAACCAUGCCCGGUUCAUUUCACCCAGCCCUUGGUCACCCCGCUGACCUCCCGCCGCUCCCACUUCGGCAAGAGCGGUGCAACUUCUCGGACGCAGUUAAUAACCCAUCGCCCGCCAACUCCGGCCGCCCCAAGAAUUGCAAUGUCGCUUUAGAUCUGUUCCUGUCCCCUCCGGACAACGGGGAUCCGAGCGUUGUCAUACCCUCUGCAUCUGUUACGCCCACUUCCUUGACCGCGCCACCUUCAGCAUCAACAACGACAACACCAACCCGGAAUGAUGCACCUGUCGCCGAGCCUCAACCCGCUUUGCCUGCAGUAGGCGCCUCUGCAUCACCGGAUUUCGAUUUCCUACAACGCAGUAGCGGCGCCGUUCCUUCCCGCUCUGUUCCCGCCGGUGGCCACGGGCACCGCAGGAACGCCCUCUCGAUCGAGUCUGUGCCUCGACAGACUAUUAUGAAGGCAUUGGCCUCGGUUGCCCGAAACAACAAACCCCAGGCCCUGUCCCUUACCGACAUGCUGUCAGCAACCGGCGCCCCGAAUGGCGGCGACAACCGGCCCGCCUCCUCUUCUUCGCAACAACUUUGCGACGCCCUCAACGGUCUUGCGCAGGCACAGAACGCCCGCUCUAAUACGACGGUCACGCCGACCACCGGUUUCCCCUCGCUCCAGUCGCCGUGCUUCUACCACAAUCGCUUCGACGAUGCGGUCGACAUCGACAAGGUACUCGAGGAGAUCAAGAAUGACGAGUGGAUGUCGCAUUCGCGCCUGGUGCAGACCGCCACCGGCGUCCGGGAGGUAUCCAAGCAGCUCCAGCGUCGGCCCAUCAAGCGCGCCGUCAAGAACGUCAUGAUUGUGACCAAGGCGCGUGACAACCAGCUCGUGCUACUCACCCGGGAGCUCACACUGUGGUUGCUUCGAACCCCGCGAUAUGGAUCCGACCUAGGCGUGAACGUAUAUGUGGACGCCAAACUGCGCCAUUCGAAACGCUUUAACGCGCCCGGGAUAACGGACGAGAACCCACGCUUUCACGACAUGCUCAAGUACUGGACCCCCGACCUGUGCUGGAUCCAACCGGAGAAGUUCGACCUGGUGCUCACUCUCGGUGGCGAUGGCACCGUCCUCUUCACCUCCUGGCUCUUCCAGCGCAUUGUGCCUCCCGUGUUAUCCUUCAGCCUGGGUAGUCUCGGCUUCCUGACGAGUUUCGAGUUUGAGCGGUACAAGGACCACCUGAACCGUGUCAUGGGCGAGGACGGUAUGCGGGUGAACCUCCGCAUGCGCUUCACCUGCACCGUGUACCGCGACGGGCCAACCGGCCAUGAGAUGGAAGAGGGCGAGCAAUUCGAGGUGCUCAACGAGCUCGUCAUCGACCGCGGGCCGUCACCUUAUGUCUCCAACCUGGAGCUGUACGGCGACAACGAGCUCCUGACGGUAGUCCAGGCGGACGGCUGCAUCUUUUCGACGCCGACUGGAUCCACAGCCUACUCCCUCUCCGCGGGCGGCUCGCUCGUCCACCCAGACAUCCCCGCCAUCCUGCUCACCCCCAUCUGCCCACACACCCUGUCCUUCCGCCCCAUGGUCCUCUCGGACACGAUGCUCCUGCGGGUAUCUGUCCCGCGCAACAGCCGCGCCACCGCGUACUGCGCCUUCGACGGCAAAGGCCGCAUCGAGCUGAAGCAGGGUGACCACGUCACCAUCACGGCGUCGCAGUACCCCUUCCCCACCGUCGUCCGCACCGAUACCGAGUGGUUCGACAGCGUCUCGCGCACGCUGAGGUGGAACGUCCGCGCGGCGACGCAAAAGGCGUUUGACCUCGGCGCUGUCAACGGCAGCAACGGCGGGAAUGGCGGCAGUGCGGCUGCUUCGGAUGGGAGCGAGGAUGGCGACGGAUGGGAUCUCGAUACCGACUCGGCGUACUAUACCAGCGAGGAGUCCAGCAUUGCUGCGAGCCCGCUGAGGAGACAGAUGAGCAUGUUGGGGUUGUAGUUCCCUUCAUUCCUUGUUUCAAGGCUGCCCAGAGAUGGCCUUCUUUUUGGAUUGCUUGUUUCUCGAAGAGCAUCAUUAGAGCCAGAGCACGGGAGUGCGUGAUGGCAUGGCAUGGCAUGUGGCAGCCCCACACCAUGAACUAAGUACCUAUAA